AUGGUGUUGGCCAGGCAGGUGGGCUCUCUAGACAGUUGGGAGGGGUCCUCAGCUGCUGUUGGGCAGAGAGCUUCACCAGUCCACGCAGCCUGCCCCGCCUCCACCAUGUCUGUCUGCUCUGAAGCCUGCACCGACACCUCUUGGCAGGUGGACGACUGCCCAGAGAGUUGCUGUGAGCCCUGCAGCGCCCGCAGCUGCUGCCAGCCCAGCAGCUGCGCCCUCGCCCCCUGCCUCACCUUCCUCUGCUCCCCAGCAGGCUGGUCCACCCCCUGCUGCCAGUCCAUCUGUGCCACCUGCUGCACACCCUCCUGCUUCCAGCCUUCUAGUUGCCAGCCCUGCUGCUGCCCCUGCUCAGCCUGCCAGCCAGCCUGCUGCGUGCCAGUCUGCUGUGAGCCCGUGUGCUGCAGACCCAAGUGUGAGCCCAUGUGUUGCAGGCCUGUCUGCUCUGUGCCUGUGUGCUGCACACCCGUGUGAUACAGACCCAUGUGCUGUGAGACCAUGUGCUGUGGGUCUUCCUCCUGCUGCGGCCAGCCCUCCAGCUGCCCGCCCUGCCUGCUGUCCUCCAGCGUCCUGUUGUGCAGGCCCAUGUGCAGGCCUGCCUGCUUCAUGCCCACCUCCUCCUGCUGUGCCCCCUGCUGCCAGCCCGGCUGCUGCCGCCCUGCGGCCUCGUGCCUAUCCCUGCUGUGCCAUCCUGCCUGCUCCUGCCAGGCCUGCUGUGGCGGCUCCCCGGCCUCCCACUGCCCCACUGCCCGCAAGCGCAGCCCUAAUAGGGACAAUGGCCCCGCAGCAGGCACUUCUGCACGCCCGGAGGCCAGCCUGGCAGAAACGGCCACAGGACUGCCUCAUCCACAUGGUAGGACACUGAGCUGGUGCUAUGAGCAGAGCGGCAGAGGGGCACAGGGGCAGCCAGGCCAGCAUCAGAGGGGCAGCCAGGACAGCGGCAGAGGGUCAGCCAUGCCGGCAACAGAGGGGCAGCCAGGCCAGCAUCAGAGGGGCAGCCAGACCGGCAUCAGAGGGGCAGCCAGGACGGCAGCAGAGGGGCAGCCAGGACGGCGGCAGAGGGGCAGCCAGGACGGCAGCAGAGGGGCAGCCAGGCUGGCGGCAGAGGGGCAGCCAGGAGAGCGGCAGAGGGGCAGCCAGGCCGGCGACAGAGGUGCAGCCAGGCCGGCAUCAGAGGGGCAGCCAGGUGGGCGGCAGAGAGGCAGACAGGUCAGCGGAGCUCACGUGGACCCCAAAUUCAUCCUGAAAUGUGGCACGAUCCUACCAUGUUCUCAAAUACAAGUUAACAAUGGCAACAAAAUGGAAUUUCAGUCUGUCUUCAAAAGACACGGACUUUUGUGUGCUAUUUCAGCAUGA